UGGAGUGUGGGCUGCACACACACACACGCGCGCGCGCGCACACACACACACAGAGGCACAAACACAGCCGCGCGCGCGCGCACACAGUGAUGGGAGACUUACCAGGGGAUAUCGCCUGUUGCUCUUGCUGUCAGGAUGAUACGCAGAGACCCUCCUGCUGCUUAUCACUAAAGCUGCCAUGCAACUGAUAAACUUCGGCGUUUCAGACACUGCAUUAGUUUCAGUUCUGGAGUUAAAACGCACAGCAAAGCAGAUGGACGGUGCACACACGGACACACACGGGCUUGCGCAAUAAAGUGCUGUUUGGAUCCUGAACACUGCAGCUGAAUGAAAAGGACGACUGGCAGCUUUUUAUGCGUCAUGCACUCUGUAAAGCCUUAGCACCAGAACCAAGCACUGAGCAAAGACGAUGUGCUUUUGUAGCGCGAGACUUCUGCGCUAAUGUGGUUUUUUUUUCGGGAUUAGUCUCUGGUUAAAACAGGCUAUAUUCGCGCUUGGACUUGUUGGAUGCUGAGAAGCGAAAAGCAUGGCGAGCGAUCUGAAACCGCGGCUUUGCUGCAUGACCAAAGGUGAGAAUGGAUACGGCUUUCACUUGCAUGGAGAGAAGGGAAAAACCGGUCAGUACAUCCGCAAAGUGGAGCCUGCGUCUCCAGCCGAGGCGUCAGGACUGCGCGCGGGGGACCGAGUGGUGGAGGUGAACGGGCACAGUGUGGAGAGAGAAACCCACCAGCAAGUGGUGCAGAGGAUCAAGGCGAUGGAGCAUGAAACCAGGCUGCUGGUGGUGGACCGCGAGACGGAUGAGUACCUGCGCAGUCUGCGCCUCACCUGCACAGAGGACAUGGCUGUGCGAGUCAAUCCAUCAGCCUCUUCCUCCUCCCCUCCCCCGACCCCCAGCAAGCGGGAGAACAACUCUGUGUCCAAACUGCCAACCAGUCGUGAGAUACCCAAACCCAGCAGGAGGUCCCCUUCACGGGCUACCAAAAAGGAGGCUUCAGUGGUGCCGUCUGCUCCAGCAGAUGUGUCCGAGCUCAUCCCCAGGCUGUGUCACCUGGUCCGGGCAGAAACAGGAUACGGCUUCAACCUGCACAGUGAGAAGUCCAGACCGGGUCAGUACAUCCGCUCUCUGGAUCCAGGCUCUCCAGCUGACCGCGCAGGCCUCCGACCACAAGACAGACUCAUCGAGGUGAACGGGGUGAACAUUGAGGGAAUGCGUCAUGCCGAGGUGGUGGCCUUCAUCAAGCGCGGAGGGGACGAGACCCAAUUACUGGUGGUGGAUCCAGACACGGACGAACAUUUCAAAAAGCUGGGCAUCACCCCCAGCAGCAGUCAUGUCAAAGGUUUCGAGGGUCAGACCAUUUCUAACGGCUCACCAAAUCCUCGAGUCAAUGGUCACUCCACCCAGUCAGCACACUCCGACCACAGCAGCCAAGACACCAGCACACAGAACUCUGAGGACGGCGACAGCCACUCGCUGGACCCUUUCGCAGAGAUCGGUCUGAGACUGAGCCCCACAGCGGCGGAGGCCAAAGAGAAAGCACAUGCCAAGCGUGGCAAGAAGAGGGCACCACAGAUGGACUGGAAUAAGAAAUAUGAGAUUUUUAGCAAUUUCUGAACAUACACAGUUUCACACACUCCCCAAUCCAGACUUUCGCAACAUGCUUCAUUCAGCCCCCCUGUCGUGACUGACUGCUUUUAAUGGUUAAGGCUGUUAUUUUUGUAGAAAAAGAAAACCAGGAAAAAAUAUUUUUAAAGGAUAAUUGGAGCAGGCAGCGGGGAAAAAGCUUCAGUCUAUUUUUUCACUCAUUUUUAACUGGAAAAGAAAAAAAUAACCCUCAGAACUGAAGAACUACAGAACUGUGAUGAAAAAGGGCCAACAAGUACAAAAAGAAGGGAAGAGAAACAAGAGAGCUCUUAAUGAUUUUUUUUUUUUGUUCAGUUUUUUUUGUAUUGCUCUUACUUAUGUUUACUGUUUCUGCUACGACCACUUCAGACUGAAUUUUUACAAGCCCAGUAGAUUGUACUACAAAAAAACACCAGAAAGUUUAUGCCUAAUAGUUUUACAUCUUGGUGUCUCUCUGCUCUGGUUGAAGGAAACCUUGAGACAAAAAAGCAUAUUAAUAACUUUUAGCACUGGCCCUUUAAGAAGGACAUGUUAAUUUGAAGUGCUAUAUGUUCUUUAUAAGUCAGUAUUAAAUAUAAAUGAAUUGGUCUGAUUUUGAGCCUCCUUGAAGAGGCAACUCAGAAUAAUCAGCCUUUGUUUACGCACCAGGAUGUUAAAUCAAGCAAAUUAAGUGAAGUUUUGGGACAUGUUGUAACAUAUUAAAUGGAAAGUACUUUGUUAGUAAGAGAAAGACAGGUACAAACAUAAACAAGCGUGUAUCUGGUGACUAUUAAACACUAGAGGGCGCCGUUGAAGUAGGUUUAUUUUCACCAUGGAGGUAACCUGAGGACAAAGGCAGAACUUCCGAGUGUUGCGGGAACCAUUUAUAAGUCACGUGAUUAGAUUUUAGUUUGUAAAAUGAACAAAUGUGUCGUAUAACCACUGUAAUGUCUAAUAACUCAACACUGUGUUGCGUUCUCUCUCGAACAAAUCAUUCAUGGAGAUGAAACCGAAACACCACAUAAACCAAAAGUCAUGAGAUUUAAUCAAGAAGAAGAAGUAAAGGACACAAUCAGACAUGUCAUUGUAACCUAAUGAAGAGAUUGGAGCUUGAUAGACUUCUUUUUUUUUUUUUUUUUUUUAAUGUACUGAUGAUUGUGACUGCAGUGUGUAUUAUCUGAUCCACAAAUGGAUGAAGGAUGUUACAAACUCAUACCUGAGUGACGAGAAGCUCAUGCAGGAUCAAUAAGCUAAUGAAAAUGAGAGACAUUUGAGGCAUCUGCUGCUUUUAAGGCAACAGCGCUUGUAGAAAUGGACACAUGACCACUCACAGUCUCUGACAAUCCUAACCGCUUGAACUGUGGUAUGGUCCAAAAUGCCGGCUAUGCUUGGGGUUUUAUUGGAUCAUUAAGCAAGAUCAGCUGUGAUGUGCUGACGUACCUCUCAAUCUGCGUAUAUAACAUCAUUAUUUUACCUUAUACCCAUGCAUAUUAGCGGCGUUGCUGUAUUCCAUUUACACAUCUUUUUUUUUUUUCUUUUUUACUCUACUAUGGUUUUCGUCUCAUGUUUGUUAGCCUCAUUGUGUGUGCUGUAGGUUUUUUUUUCUAUUCCUGACAGUGUAUGCAUUCAGACUUCUGCUGUAUGCUCAUGUAUAUUCACUAUGGGAAUAUAUGCCAGGUUGCAUUUUUUUUUUUUUCAAUAAAGUGUGAUAUUCGCACAUGCUGACAUUGUUGCCAAGUGAGUUUAGCACAAGGAAACCCAUGCACAUGGAAUGCAUGCACAGAAACUCUGCACAAAGCUCAGAAUCGAAAGAGGGACUGUAGAACUGUGAGUUGGCAAUGCUACUCGCUGCGUCACUGUGCCGCCCAACUCCGUAUCAGUUAGCAUUAUUCUAACUUGCCAUUUUGUAGAUACGAAAUUUUACAUGGAACAAAAUCCAUAAAUAGUCCAGUGUUAAGUGGCAAUAAAGUUGUGGUAAUUAAUUUUUUCUUGCUACAAAUUAAAGAAGCGCCAUAUAAGUCUGUAGAGGAAAAAGGGAUAACAUUCUUAUAUUUUGGACAACAAUCUUAUGAUCCUCAACAAAAUGUCAACAAACCAGACUGUCAGCAAUCUGUCAGAUGAAUGUCGUCAGUAACUCUCAAUGUCGGUAACUCUCAACAUGUCAAAACUUUAUGGUCGCUGAUGUUUAAAAGGUAAUUAGCGAGCACAGGUCCCUUUCACCGCCGUUUGUUUGUCUCAUGUAUGGCUGCUGUUUUUUAGUAGUAAUAUAUUUUAAUAUUAUUAAAUACACUCACUUACCACUUUAAUAGGAACACCUCUACCCCUGUGGCAGCAGUACAAUGCAUAAAAUCCUGCAGAUACAGGUCAAGAGCCUGUGUUCAGAUCAAACCACAGGAUGGGGAAAAUGUGAUCUCUGUAACUCUGACAUUGGGAUGGUUGUUGAUGCCAGAUGGACUUGUUUGAGGAUAUCAGAAACCGCUGAUCUUCUGGGAUUUUUCACACAAAACAGUCUCUAGAGUUUACACAGAAUGGUGUGAAAAACAAAAAAAAAUCCAUUUAGUGGGAGUGCUGUGGGCAUAAACAUUUUGUUGAUGAGAGAAGUCAGGGGAGAACGGCCAGACUGGUUUGAGGUGACAGGAAGGCUGCAGUAACUCAAAUAAUCACUCUUUACAAGCAUAGUGAGCAGAAAAACAUCUCAGAAUGUUCAACACAUUGAACCUUGAGAUGAUUGGGCUGGAACAGCAGAAGACCACAUUGGGUUCCACUCCAAGAACAAGGUCAGCCAAGAAGAGGAAUCAGGCUACAGUGGGCACAGGAUCACGCAAACUUGACAGUUGAAGAUCACAAAUCACAAAAUCAAAUCUUCGACUGUUUAGUUUCGUAUUUGAAUGUGUAUUGAUUUAUCACUGGCAAUCAGCAUGGGGGUCGACUAGCAAGUGUAACAUAUUCUACAAGUUGCUUGUAAUAAAAUAUUUCUACCACAGAGGGCUCCACAUCAUAAAAAAGAUAUAUAUUGUACCUUUAAGCUGUCAGAUGAGCUUUCUUCACUUGGUCUUUUUUCUCUCACACUUUCACCUUAUAUUAGUAUAGUAAAGUUUUUUGAGCUUCCUGAUCUCCGCUACUGUUUUUUUCAGUUUCAGCCUAGGUCAGGCAGAGGUCUAGCAGCAUGUUUUACAGUUCUCCACAACACCCACACCAGUGACACAUUCAUGUCAAGACACACUCAGGUACACAGAUGAACCAGACAUCAGUUUAGUCUGUGGCUUCACAUGUUGGUGUUAAACACAAAAGCAGGUGAGUCAGAGUGUGACUUCAUCUACUGUUUUUAAAAGCUUCCUUUAUUUAUUUUGGAACCCUGGGAAUAGGAUCUUAGGCACAGAGCAAAAGGUCAGCCGUGGGGCAGAAAGGUCAGCAGCACUGAGUCUGGGCGACAUGCCAGCAGCAAACUGUGUCAGGCCACUGAGUGCACGUCAUACCAGCAUAUCACUGUUCCAUGGUGAGAAAAAUGGAGUGAUUUGUGAUACUGUAGAUCAAGAUUUAGUAUCAGCAUGACAAAAAAAGCAUCUUAGUCUAAAUCUAUUAACUUUUUUGCAUUUACACUUAAAGCUAAUGGUAAACGUUUGUUUCACCCAUGGGUUUUGAAUUUAAAAACUUGAAUAUACUUAUAUUAUAUAUAAAAUAUUUAUUCACACAAAAACACAAUACAGAAAUGGCAAAGAUGAAAAGUAGGUGUAUCAUGCAACAAAGCAACAAUCCAAAAUAUAAGACAAUAUCAUCAGAAAAAUAAAGAAAAUUGUCAUUACCCUCACAGUACCUGUUUAAUUAGGUGAAUAAUUAUAUUUCAUCAGACAUGGAUUAUAGGAUACUGUAGAUUUGACCUGCUUUUGUAAUCACAAUAUCCUCAUACAGAACUUUUUCAACACACUUACUGUUGCUGGCCUUUACUUUUCUACACCUGUAUACUGUAACGAUUUACCCAUAAUCCCACUAUCCAGAAGAGGAUGGAUUCCUUUUGAGUUUGUGCCUCGUGUUGUCUCAGGGAGGUUAUUCUUUAUGCCACUGUCUCUGGCUUGCUCAUUAGGGAUCUAAAUCUACAUCCACAUUUGUGUAAAGCUGCUUUGUGAUCAUGUCUGUUGUUGAAAGUGCUAUACAAAUGGAAUUGAACUGAAUUUAAUUAAACUGGACAUUUUAAAAAUAGAUACUAAGAAAUAGACACAGGAUUAUUUGUUCUGUUUUGCUUUUUUUUUUUUAGAUCCAGCAAACAUCGAAACUGCUUUUUUUGUCCAAAAUCCCAUUUGAGCAGAAAUCUUUAAAAUGCAUCAUUUUUGAUUUUCACAGAAAAGUUGCAUUGUACCCUUCUACUCACUCUUUCUGUCUGGUAUUCAACCGUAGUAAAUUAUUUUGAUAAGGGAGUGACUUUCUCGUAGCUGUGAUGCAAUAACAUUCACUCACUCACUGCUUGUGGCCAUGUCAACCAACAUCACAAAGCUAAGUACUUACGCAACAGGCCAGGUAUGUGCACAUACACACACACACACACACACACCCACACACACCUAAGCACCAGUGCUCAACAAAAAUUUCAAUGUUUCUCAAGAGUCCAAGCAUGCUCUGGUUGUCUCCAUUCUCCAUCUUAAUUUUAAAAUAAUGUUCAGAUAAGACCAACGACCCAGACUGGUCUCUUACAGAAAAACUAAGUGAGAGGGCUCAAUGCAGUGUGUACUUUGCCUCUGUGCUUGAAAUGCUGACUCAACAAACCAAGCCAUUGAUAUCUCUGAAGAAAGCUCAGGUAACUGAUCCUUGAAGAGCAAAAAAACUAGCACUGAGAACUUCAGUAGUUUUUACAUAUUUAAAGACCAUGUUUUAAUAUAUUACCUUUAAGAAUUAGAUUGAAUAAACACUCACUCUUGAGCCAAAUUAAAACAGAAAAAAACAAAAAAACAGUAUCAAAAUACUGUUUUUUUUUAAGUAUCAAAAUAUUAUUACAGAAUAUGAUCAAGGCAAGUUAUUACACCCACACUCUGAUACUAUGUUACUUAUUAAAGUAUCAUGUCAUUUACCAAAUAAUGUAAUUCUUUAUGAUGUGGAGUUUAAUCAUUAUUUUUUUCUCAUUAUUUAACUAACAAGCAAUACACUUCACUCCUGGAUGUAAUUUUUUUUUCGUGGUUAGCGUCUGAUUAGCAAACACAUUUGCUUUCAUCAUUUGGUUUCAUCUAUUACGUACAUCAGAUGUUCACCAUGCGCAUAGUAAAUAUUAAAACACAGUAUAUAGCUGAAGCGUCACAAUGAAGUUUCAAAAGGAACAUACUAUUCCAGUCAGUGCUUAUAAAUUGUUUGUGAUUUUAGCUACGAUUAUACAGUACUACAAUAGUCUGUGUAUUCCCCUAUAAUUUGUGUACACUGUUGCCAUGGUAACAGUGAUAUGGUAACAUAGAAACUCAUCUACACACUCAAAACUCUGAAACUCCAAAGAAUAAAGGCUGUGCUUUACAUAUCUGAAAAUUUGAAUAUCAUCUGGUUUCAGCUACUGCAGUUCGCUUGCACAGCUUUUGCAUCUGAAACGUCCAGUACACCACACAGCGAAUACUAGCCUUACUUUUAUACUUGCAUAGGCAUACAAACUGCAGCUACUCCUCUCUGUAAAAAUAUAUAAUGUAUUCUAAUUAUUCAUAUCCUAUUAUUAUAACUAUUAAUAAGUCAGAAUACAAUUGAUAGAUUAUAUAUAUUGUUAUAAGUGUGUUACUACAAUAAUUAUACAGAAUAAUUACACCGUUUGUGUGUUGGUUUGUUUGCUUGUGUUUUAACCC